CUUAAAAUGGAAGAUACCAAAAACAUUAAACACAAGAGGAAGCCUCCUAAGACAAAUAUGGAGAGAUCAAAACAGCACAGAAUCAGGAAGAAGAAGUUUAUCGAAGAAAUGGAGCAAGAAUGUAAAAUUCUCAGAGAAAGAGUCAGGAGUUUAGAGAAGGAGAACCACCAACUCAAAGAGCAACUUGCAAAUCUUUCCUCGACUGGAGGUUUAUCUUCAGCAAACAAGUUUGAACAUUCUUUGCAUCAGUAUGAAGACUAUGUGUACAAUAACUUAGGAAAGAAGAUUCUUGAUGAUCCAGCUCAGGUUAAAUACAGCACUCUCGAGCAUGCAGUUGAACAUAUCCAAGAGUGGAGUGAUGAUAGAAUCGACUAUAUCAAGACUUUAUUCAACAAAAUCUUAGACAACAUGGUCUCACAUGGCGCAAAGUGAUUUUUCCUGUAAAAUCAUAUGUUUUCUAUCAAAUAAAUGGAAUGGAGCUAAUGGACCAAAGAAGAGAGGGAAGAAAUAUUUUGCAAAAACUUCAGAUGCUGCCACCAUCAAAUAACUCUUCACAGACUUCUCUUAACCCCACAAGCUACCAAAAUAUUCACCACCUUCAGUAAGCCCAUAACUCAUACCACAAACACCUCACCAAAAUAUAACCCCCAACCUCACCCAUAAACCCCAAUCCCUCACAAACUCCACACCAAACUCCACCAGCUCUAACUAAUAUCCCCUUCCUCCCCACCCAAGUUCCAGCACAUACACCCUCUUUACAAGAAGUAUGCCUCCCUCAACCACUAUGAGCUGCUACACAAAAGGUUGAAAACACUGGGAUUUUAUAGUGGGAAGUGUAGUUGUGACUAGGAUUUUAGAAUAACAAAUCAUAAGAUUUAUGGUAUCUCACAAAAGAAUUACAAGGAAGAAAAGUAUGGAUAUG